UGACAGAAGCUGAAUUUGACACAGUGAUGACAGUGCAGAGACUGAUUAAGUUUAGAAAUUGUGGUCUUGUAUGAUAGAAAUAUUAGACUUUCUCACCUGAUAGUUGCGAGAUCUGAUGGCAUUUUGUGUACUGCAAGAAAGGUUAACAGCUACAAGGAAUGGUGACAAUGGAAACAUAGGAGAGCCACGUGAUUAGAUGGUUAGCACCUUCUAGGGACCACCAUAGAGCCUCAAGCAGGCUAUCCAACCAGAGCUGCACAGUUUGAAUACUGUCGUCAGAAGCAAUCAUUUGGUAGGAUUUCAAAGCAAGAAGUUACAGAGAUGUAGGAAAAGGAAGAAUUUGCUGAAAUCUGCUUGUGACAGCCGUGGUUGUUGACCUAGUAUGGUCAUUACAAUCAAUAGCUCUAACAGGAUUAUAAGGGAUUAUACAAUCUGAAAUCAGAGAUACAGCGUCAUUACAAUGUCUUAUGUCUAACGAUUCCGGUACUUUGAUAUUUUUUUCUCUUUGACAGAAUUAGAUAGAUAUGUGAGCAUUUUAUGGGAUGUUUUUGAAAUUUAAUCAAGUUGCUGAUGACAGUUGUGAAUGCGGGUUUAUGUGCCUGGAAAGUUCAAUAGCACAUGUCUCGUCUAAUUGUUUAUUUUUUUCUAAAGAAAUAUUGAUGCUGCUUUGCCACAGGAGAACUUACUGAAGCCAUGAGCAGCAUUGUUCUAGUCUCUCUCCAAAGGGGAAUCAGAUGCUUCUGUGAUGAAAAAAAGCAGAGAUUCUUGUGACAGCAAGGAGGACAUAUAAGAAAUUCUGCCAAGACCAUGUGAUAUAAGUAGCUGGUGCCUAUAUAUAGACUGAAAGCAUAUCUGUGGAAUUCUGUAUAACGAUAGUUGGAUUAUUAUUGGUGCUUUGUAUUUUUAUCUUGCCAGUGCCAAAUUAGGUGCCUUAUUUCAACUGUGCCAUUCUGACAAAGAAACCAUUAAUGACACAUCGAAACACAACAGUACCUCAGUGACAAGCCGUUUUAAUUACUUUUCUAUCACCCUUAUAGCGUGUUCUGUUAAGCCAAUGACUUAUGGUGCCUUCAAGCUGAGUUUGAUUUUUUUGGCUUUUAUAGUUUAAGUGGUACUUCUAUUGCCAAUUGGUUUGCCAAAAUAUGUGCUCAAGAUUUCUAUGACAUAAACAAGUUGUGACAUUUAUUGUGGAGUAAGUUCAACAUGUUCAACAAUUCAGAAUAUCGCAUGCGGCAAAUGCACACUCAAGCUCAAGCACAAGCACAGCAUAUGCUGCAUUUAACACCUGCUUUGACAGCACAAUCUGUUGGGCAGCAACACACCCAGCAGUCUGUUCAAGUUCAGUUUCCACAGCAACAACAGUGGAAUACUCAAGUUUUUCAAAAUGCUCUUCAAGCCACGGCUUUCUGGAGAAGAUUUAGAGGGCCGCCAGGCAACCCUCAUGAUGUGGCAUCUCCAUAUAAGAGGCCCCGUCCUCAGAGCCCAGUACAGCAGAGACCUGGUUACCCCUACCCACAGGACCCUCAGAGCCACAGGAACUAUCCAGGUGUGCCAGCGACUGCCUCAGUUUACCCCAUGUACCGACCAGACUACCAGGGAGCUGACCAGCCAGGGAGAGACCGAUACAGAGAGGAGUAUCUUCCCAUUCCCCGACGCCCCACCCUCCUUCAUGACUACCAGGCACACAGGGCCAGUAUAGACAGAUUCAGAACUAGAGAAGCUUAUGGUGGCUUCAAUCAAGACACGAUGGGAAACCUACAGGUAUCACAGGGAGGUGGGGACCCUGGCCCCAGUACAAGUCAAAUCCCCACAUCUACAGGGCCUCAAGCCGCCAAACGACCUCGCCUAGUCAUGGAAAGGCCAGACUUACAGCCAUUACAGAUAGAUAUCAAAAAGGAGCCAACUUAUAAUCCCCAAGUGGAGGCAAUAUCACCGACCCUCCCUCCCGAUGAAACAAGCCAGUCCUCUAAGGACCAGUUACUGCAGGCUAUCAGUAAGGUGGAUAGAGAAAUCAGCAAAGUGGACAAAGACAUUCAAAAACUCAAGAAAAAACAGGAUCAACUGGAGUUGGAAAAAUGCAAGCCUCCAGAGGAGAAACAAAAGGUCAAGGACAUUGUUGUGCCAGAGACUAAACACCAGAGUAUAGCUCAGAUCAUCUAUGCUGAAAACAGGAAAAAAGCAGAGGAAGCUCACAAUAUGUUUGCCAAAUUAGGACCGAAGAUAGAUUUGGUAUGUGUCAAAUUGCCACUUUACAACCAGCCGUCAGACACUACCGUGUACCACGAGAACAAAAGAAAGUAUACUGAAUUUAAGCCUAGGCUUCUCCUGCACUUCAAAAAGAGGCAACAAGAAAAGAGAAUAAGGGAGCGGUAUCUUACAGAAAGAUAUGAUCAGUUAAUGCAAGUUUGGCUGAAGAAGAUUGAAAGAAUUGAAAAUAGUGCUAAAAGAAAAGCUAAAGAUACAAAAAUGAGGGAAUAUUUUGAAAAAGUAUUCCCUGAAAUCAAGAAGAACCGGGAGGAUAAAGAGAGGUUUUCUAGAAAAGUCCACCAAAUAUUCCAGACGCCCAAAUUACCCGAUAUACGGGCAGGGACUCGGGCAGGGAACAAUGGAGUUUACGCUCGCAGUGAAGCUGAACUGGAGCAGAUCAUGGAUGGACUCCAUGAACAAGAGGAGGAGGACAAGAAGAUGAGAAGUUAUGCAGUUGUGCCUCCAAUGAUGUUAGAUGCUCGACAGCGUAAAUUACGGUACACCAACAACAAUGGCCGUGUUGAUGACCCAAUGGCUGAUUAUGAAGAAAGGAAGUUCAUUAAUGUAUGGACAACACAAGAAAAGAACAUUUUUAAGGAAAAGUACUUACAGCAUCCCAAAAGCUUCUCAUACAUUGCCCAGUUUUUGGAGAGAAAGAGUGUGGCAGACUGUGUGCAGUAUUACUAUCAAACAAAAAAGACCGAAAACUAUAAGCACCUCCUCCGUAAACAGACUGUCAGAAAACAAAAGUGGAAGAAACCUCAGCAAACAGCCACUCGCCCUCAGGAAGAUGGAAACAAGGAUCGCCCUGCCGGAGCUGAGGAUGAGGUAGUCUCCUCAGGCACCUCAGAGCAACAAGUGGAAACCUCAGACAGUUGUGUUCCAGCAUCCUCCUCCAGUGAGGCAGACAUCAAAAUCAAAGAGGAGGAGUUUUCCUCAGAUGACAAUGAGGCGGUCGCAGCAGUUACUGCAGGGGGAGAAGGGGAUGGUGGUGCCCACAAUUGUGCCAUUUGUGAUAUGCAUCUGGAGCAUUAUGGUCUAAGUCGACCUUUGACCCAAAGUAACUGUGAUCUGUAUGGCAUGAAGGAAGAAAACCUCAAACCUGACAUGAGGGUCUGCAGUAGCUGUCGCUGUAAAUCAGUCAGACGCAGAUACACACAAUGCCCUGUUCCCUCAUGUAAAACACCGAAGAGAAAGGUCAAGCGUCUGAGACCUCUACCUCCUAAAUGGGCCGAGAUGACAGCUGAAGCCAAAGAACCAAUCAUGAAAGAAUUGCAACUUACUGAUGACAUUACAAAAUGUUGCUCAGCCUGUUUCAACCGGAUAGCCAGGAAGUUGGGAACCAGUACAGGGCCUGGGGACCAGGUUACACAAAUGACCCCCGAAACAACAGAUACUACUGAGAGUGUUGAAACAUCUCGGUGGACAGAAGAUGAGAUGGAAGUUGCUAAACAAGGACUGAGGCUUCAUGGCAGAGAUUGGGCAGCCAUUGCCAACAUGGUGCCCACUAAGACGGAUGCUCAAUGCAAAAACUUCUACUUCAACUACAAGAAAAAGCUCAACUUAGAGCAGAUUGUCCAAGAGCAUGCCAAGGAAAAGGUUCUAAAUACUCAAGAGGUGGACAAAAGGACAACGUCCAUCUGCGAGAGCAUCGCGUCCACGGUGACUGCGCCCUCUGAUGUGGAGGACAUGUCGUCCGGUAUGGAGGACAAUGAUGAGGAUAAUGACUCAGAUACUACUAGUGCUCCAAGUCCUUCUAAUCAGAGGAUGGAGGAAGGUUCCAUAAAGGAGGAGAAACUGGAGGGAAACACGGUGACGGAGGUAUCCUCUGAACUCCAAUGCCCCACCACAGUGGGCCUUCCUCAAAACUUGACUUCUAACAAGCCUCUGAGUGCCUCCCAGGGAAGCCUGAGGAGCGUGGACAAUGACAGCAGUGCUACCAUGAGUGCUGACGAGGCCCCUCCCUCCGGAGGCCAGACCCACAGGGAACAACAGAGUGAACCAAGAGAUUCCUUUAGUCCAAGAACAUCAGGAAUACCAGCCUCAAAAUUGCCUCUCCAGCAGCCCAGCUCAGGUGGCUUCCCACACCAACCCCAACCAACAAGUCAGACUCACAUGCAGCAGAUGAUGCAGGGGGUGCAGUUAGGGAUGCCCAAUCAGCCCCGACCCUCUACCAGCCCAGGAGUACAGAUGAGAGGUGGGCAGAUUCCUCAUCCAUCAGCAGUCCGACAUAGUCCAGUUCCUGGUAGAGUGGGCUCAAGCCCAGCUCAUGACAUUGAUCAUAACAGUCCAUCUCGACCAUCCAGCCGAGACAUCAGAGAAGUUCAGCCAGGAAUGGGUCAGACAAUAAAUCCCGCAGUGUUAGAUUACUCUGGCCGACAGACAAUACAGGGUCAGCCAGGGAGAAACAAUAUGUAUAACAUUAUGUAUCAGGGCGAUCCUGCCCAACACAGACCCUCUAGUGCCAUGUCAGAGCCAGGUUUUGUCAACCAGAGCCACCUCAGCAGAAGCAUGUCACCAGUUGUAACCAGCAGCAAGAACAUCCAGAGCCAGAACGACCCCAAACGAAUGUCCUGUGUUCGGGAUCUCAUCCAUUCAGCUAUUGAGAGGAACUUAGUUCAGUCGGACCGUCCUGGAGAGAGACCUCCCGAAAAACGUCCAGCAUCAUCAGAGCCAGUAUACAGAGGCCAACCAGUGAUUCCAGGUGGAGGGCAAUAUAAUGUACAGGACCUACGAAAAGAGAAGCCUGAAUAUGGUGGGCGUCAUUCUGUGUCUCCUUAUCACAUGCCACCAGGCAGGAUGGAAAGAGAACCUCCAGACAGCAGGGAAAGAAGUGUGGAUCUCCCUCAGGACCUUUCAAAAGCUCCCCAUGGCUACAGAGGAAAUCCCCGAGAUUUUGGGAGUCAGCCUCAGUAUGAAUAUAGAAGGCCAGCAGAAGAUCCCUUACCCAGAUCCUCUGGACCUCCGCCAGCCCAUUCUCAGAAACCAGCUGGAUUUUUUCACAGUGAGGCACUACCAUUGACCAACAGACCUCCAUCAGUGGAGCAGAAGUCUCCACAGCCAUACCAGCAUGAGAGACAGGCCGUGUCUCCAGCAAUCAGCAGACACAUCCCACCAAGCACUUCCCCUUACCCAGGAAUGCCUCCUGGUAUGGAUCCUCAUGGCCGUGGGCAGCCCCGACAGACCAUUCCACCACCCCCUCCCCUGAUCAAUAACAAAGGACCAUCUCCCAAGCUAAAUACAAAGUCGCCCCCAUCAAGUGCUCACCCCUCUAUGUUAGUACCUGGUUCUAUUAUACACUCAGCCUCUGGCUCUAUAACCCAGGGUACACCAGUAAGGACCAUGGCUCAGAACAUGAAUCCAAAUCAAGUAGCAGGUAUAGCACAGCGUCAAGAGGCAAUGCAUAGACAAGCUCUACCAGUCCAACCCAGGAUGCCUAGCGGGUCGAUAACAAGCGGCACACCUGUUAAUAGAGAGAUGGGCAUCCGAGGAGCCCCAGGAAACAUGGAUGGACCUAGGAUGCAUAUGCAAUGGGAGCAGCAACAGAGGAUGAUGAUUGAACAGCACAUGGGCAGACCACAACAGUAUCCUCAACAAGGCAUGCCAUUCCCAUAUCAGUCAGAGAACAGCACCAGACAGACUAUCAGAUGUGACUUUGAAACCUCAAGACAGAUGGGAGGACCACACAGGAAACAGGAAAAUCAGCCUUCGCCAAGAGGAAAGGAGGCAAAGACGGGCCCUUACCCGGGUUCUUUAAUGCCAGGGUAUCCCCAGACCACCCAGGGACUGAUCUAUCUUCAACCAGGGCAAAUGCCUAUGCAUCCUGAUAGGAGGUUGUCACCUCAUCCAUCCCAUAAUGUACCACCACAUGAGGAGAAACCCAGUGGGUGGCACAAACAAGGAAUGACAGGUCCUGGCCAACUUCCACAUGAUCGACCAAGUAUAACUCAUGGCACAGGGCGCCCUAGUGUGAUCACAGUCAAUGACAGACCUGAUUAUCCAGGGGUGGGUGCACAAGGUGCACAUUCCCCCCGAUAUGAUCCAAUGUUGCAACGUCAACAGCAGCAGCCACGGUCCAGCAUACCAGCUACUACUCUGGCAGCUCAGCAACAAGAGUACACCCGGAGACAAAUGCAGGAAAAACAAGAACAACUGGAGAGGGAAAAUGCAAACAAAACCAAGGCAUUCAAUUUAGAGGAGCAAAUAAGACGUGAAAUUAUGGAUUCCCCAAAAGAAGAGAGAAUUCAUAAAAGUGACACAGAAUCCAACAGAAGCUCAUCGAACCGAUCCUCCCCAGGAUACAGAAGUAAUAUUCAGACUCCAGCUGAAUUCUUUAAAGUUUUUGCACAGGAGCCAAGUGGAGCAAGUCGUUCUGGGAGUGAAAGGCAAUCCUCUUUAACUGCUGCAAACUUGAUUGACGCUAUAAUUAUUCAUCAGAUAAACAAUUCUACUGAGGAAACCUCCACUACCAAAUCAGAGACAACUAUGGUUUCCUCCAUGACUCGGCCUAAACUGGAGCCACCAGAUUCAGCCCAGCAUCCAGUGCCACAAUCCAUGUUACCAGACCAGAAGUCUCCACCAGCCAUGCAUGGCAAGAAGAGAUGGGUCCAUGAAUCUCAACAGAGGCCUGCACAGUCCUCUCCAAUGCCAAGCACCCCUCAGGGUGGUUCAGGGCAUGUGUCUGACAAUGACAACAGUCCAACCACUUCAAGUGUAGAGGCCCGGACACCCAAACCUGAAGGUUCUGGUGGGGAACAAAAAAAUAGCAUGACUCUAGGGGAGCAUAUCACCUCUAUUAUCAUGAUGGACUAUGGCAACAGCAAGCAACAUCUUAAAAACAAUGUCCUCAGUCAGAUCAAUGGAAACCCUGAGGAGUCAUCACCAGUGAGUAAAUCUUCCACCCCUGUAAGUGCAAUUCCCGAUCAGUCCUCCCCAGGAAAAUCUCUUUCAUCCCAAGCUCAAUCAGAUGGGGUGUCUCAGUCGACUGACUCUCGGCCACGAAGCUUUUCUACUGGGGCUUCCACUCACUCUGGGUUUGUGCCAUCAGUUCAUGGUCACAAAUGGAAGAAAACCCACAUGCAUGAUGCUGGAAAUAUUGUAUCUAGAAGUUCAUCAUCUGGUUCAGGAGAGAUGUAUCCGGACAGCCUGACCUCCCACCCUGGUGAAGGGGACCGAGGCCACCAGCCUGACCAGUCACGUUCCCCUCACAUCACCAGCGGCACUGAUCCCGUCUCCCCACCUGGAGCUCCAGAGAGUAGCGAGGCACUGCCUGCCAAGACUUCUCCCCCUCCCUCACCUCGCUCUCGAUCUGGUUCACUGAACAUUUCUUCAAGUGUAGCUGCCAAUCACCAGCAUAUUUCCAGUCUAUUGUCUAGACCAAACACGGCUGGUGGCCAUCAAGCUGAGUGUUCUGUGUCCUCUCAGCAAGUAUCGGAGGUCGCCUCGAGCUCCAAGCCUGACAAUAGUAAUCAAGUAGGAAACUUAUCGCCCCUGGACUACGUCAAAAAUAAGAUUGCAGAGGUCCUUCGUGAUGAAUAUGAUACCAAAGCCCCCCCAGGUGGUGCAUCUGUCAUGCAUCAGAGAGGCCUCCAGCAGAAGAUGUCCCAAUCACACCUACACAGCCCCAGUAUGGGGAUGAAUCGUUCCAUCUCUCCAAUGGCUGGCAUUCACCAUCAACCUGAACCUGAAUCUACCCAGCAAAGAGGAUGGGAAAGUCAGCAGAGGGAGAUGCAUUCUCAGCAACAUGGAGACAACCAGGCAACACCACAGCAACAUCACCAGCAUGAGAUUUUCCCAUCAAGCACAUCUUCCUCGAGUGAACAGCACCAGUAUCAAGAAUCAAGCAGCAAGCACCUUAGUUCCAGUGAUGAAGUUAGUGAUAGCUCCAGUACAUCUUCCCAAUCUGUCUCCCAGAUGUCAGCUGCACAUGCUAAGAAACGCAUGUUUGCCCGUGGUAGAGUCAAAUACGGACCAGAGGAUGCACAGAACAAGUAUGGCCAACAGAAGUCAAUGCCGACAUCAAUGUCUGAGGUUCAGAGAGCAUCAACGACAACAGACAAGAAGGGUCCCAGAUCAGAGUAUGACUUUCCUGAUAGCCCAGAUGAUGAUCCAGUAGUAAAGGGAAGCUACAUGGCUCUGUCAAGCACAACCAGAAGUCCUCGCAGAGGAAUAGUGGACAGCUCGGAUAACCGUACCUCAGACAGAGGCAGUGAUUCACAAGUCCAGAGUUCCGAUUCACGAUUUGGAAUGGACCACGGAGAGGCCCAGAGCUCAGAAGCUCAGUCAUAUAUGAGACCUGAACAGAACAUUGAAAGCCGCUUCGUUAGAAGGUCAUCAAAACAUGAUACUUCAGAGGUGGAUGAAAGUUCUAACGUGUCCCACCCAAGUAUAGACAGCACUCACUCAGAUAGGAUGAUUAUUGAUGAAUCUGGAAGUGCCAUUGACAGUUCAUCUGCUCCUGAUGUGACUUCUGCAUCACCUCAACGAGACAUGUCAAAGUCCUCCAGGUCAUCCAAAGAUAAUGAGAAUAGUCCUCGCAGCAGUACUGACAUCCAGGACGGAGGAGACCGCAUGUCACAAAGUCGUACCCCGGACAGUGCUGUAGGAUCGUUCACACAUCGAUCAAGGUCGCCGAGGGGAGGAGAAUCUCAUUUCCCAGUCCUGGAUACCACCACUCACCCUCACUCUAGUUCAGACAUGCCACCUUCUGCUGCUAACAUCCCUACCAGCACCUCUUCAGCUUCAAUGCCUUCUCCUUACUCGGCAGGCGGGCAGCAGGUGGGGUCCAGUGGUGAUGGCGAGCAUGGAUUUCAACAAAGGAACCACGAACCAGCUCUCCUUCUAUCAUCACAGUAUGAAACUCUCUCAGAUGAUGAUUGAAAGUGAGACAGUUAAGCUUAUUUGAUUACAGCUGAUCAAAAUUUGCAAAUUUCAAAGUGUAUAAGAACAAGGAUCUUGCAUGAAGAGACAGUUAUUUGUGUUCUGCUUUCCGAAGCAGCUGCACUGUAGUGUCCCAUGUAAAUGAUAGUGCUAUAUCAAAAGGUUAAAGAUCAUGAUUUUUUUUGGUCCUAUGUGUAGCUUUGCCAAUGUCAUAUUUCAUUAGGUCUGGUCUAUUUUCCAUGCUUUAUGAUUGACAUUCAAUGUCAGUUUGUGUGAUGGCUUUAUAUGAAAUAGAUGACCUAUAUCUGUUGUAGGGCGUGUUUAGUGAUUUUUACAACAAAAUGGGCAUAGCCAUAUUAAUUAAAUUUGGUGAACAUAUGGUGCAAUGAUUGUUGUAUUUCACGUGUUGGAUGGCUUACACCCUUGAAAGUAGUUAUAGUCCUUUACGUCGUUACCUGUAAAGUCUGCAUGCUCUGGCGUCACUUUGCAUGCAUAACACAGUAAUUUUUUAAAAUUGUGUUUGUAAUCUAUGGAAUACAUUGGGUUGUUUCACAUGCAUUUUCAGAUUACAGAAAAGAAAAGAAAAUGUUUCAGAUUGUAUUGUGUAAUAAUGUGUGUAAACUAAACUGUCUUUGAAUUGUAGUGUACAAAAUAAUUUCAAAAUGCAGAAACAUUUAUUUCAUCAGUGCAGUAGCAUUGGAAAGACUGAGUUAUGAUGAUCUCUAAAUUGUAUCUAGAAAUGUUUGGUUCAUAUAAGUUAUCCAAUAAAUAUCUCUGAAAG